AUGGCUGACGUCGAUAGCGGCAAUGAGGACAGUAUCCCUCAACCCCUUGACGUGACAGCUGACCCUUUGAAUCACAAACCCGCUCUCCGCAACCCAAACACCUCGAUCCCGUCUGUUAACCAGCCAAUCCGCUUCGCCGACGAAAGCGACAGUGAUGAUGAAGACGAGAAACCCUCUCAUCAGGGACAUGGUCUGCCAGAGAUCGCGAUGAUGAAACUGCAGAAGGUGAAGGCACUCGAGCACAACGACGCCGACCCCCGCGCUUGGAAGCAAGCUAUCGUUUACCAGCUGAUCCCCUACGCUGGGGAGUGGCUGCUUGACAGUGACAUUCCCCGCCCAGAAAAGUCGCACCCCUCAUACGAGAGAUGGAAGUAUUGGUCCCGUCUGAUUGCCAGUUGGAUGUACGGACAGAUCAACGCCGUUCUCCAAAGCAAGAUUCGCAACCUGUUGAAAACGCCAAACGACAAGCUGCAGACAGCGUUUCUGGAAAUGCGGAAGUUCGACAAAUUGAAGCGUUCGGACUACAACUCGGCAAGCGAGUAUAUUGAGGAGUACCAGAAACAGUACCACGUGCUAGCCAGAUUCAAAGCAGCACCCCACCCAGCCCAUGCUCUGUCACAGGUUCUGCAAAACCUAGAAUCGGAAGUAAAAAAGGUCAAUUUCAUCACGGAGGAGGUUGGCAGCUUAGAGCCCAAGAAGAUGACCCUGGAAAAGGUCGAGGAAUACUGGCGUGCACUGCAAGCAGCAGCUGACAUGGAAGGUGUCACAAGCGCAGCUCACAAUGCCGGCCGAGGUGGCCGUGGUGGGAACCGGGGUGGUCGUGGAGGAAACCGAGGUGACCAUAGUGGUCACAACAACGGCAACGACAACACCCAGUCCGCCAAAGACAUCAAUGCUAUCGACAGCAACAACAACAAGAAGAAAGGUCUUCGGAGGCAGCCCGCUGACGAUAAAGAUAUUCAUGACUACGCUCGUGAGAUGCGCAAUGGCACACAGCAGGACGACAACAACAUGUGCGCUUUCUGCGGAUUUGGUCCGCACGCUGCCAAGAAGUGCGCUUAUCUCAACGAAAACCCUCCACCUUCAUGGGAACCCUCAGGAAACCUCUGGGCUUAUUCGAAAGCAAUACAGAGAGCUCAGCGAAACACAAAAGGCCAAAGCAACAUGGUUGUCGCCGCGGCAAGCUCGGUAGAUAGGACAAACGACUGGUUGCUAGAUACUGGCUCUAGCAAGACUCUCACACACGAUCUAGGGGAUUUUCAAACUUACCAGACUGAUCACCCUGACCUCGCCUAUGUGUACAAAGACUAUUCCGGCAAGACGGUAGUCACACUAGGACAUGGAGAGAUUAUCGUGUAUGCAGCUCUGCCAAACGGGAAAACCCACUCCUUUAUGACGACUGGAUACUACAGCCCCGGAGGACAUGGGAAGCUCUUCGGCAUGCAGAUGCUUCUGGACGAACAAGGCAUUUCCUGCGACACUCGCACAAAGCAUCUGUCAAAUGGAAAGGGAGAGGUUGCGGGAUACGCGGAUACUACUUCUGGCGUCCCAUACCUUGUUAGUCCGAAAGAACAAGACCCCGACGAGGUUCUAUCUGACUCUGAUUCGGACAAUGAUGAUAUUGACGUCGUCAACAAGGUGACAGCUUACGAAGUGCAUCGACGUCUCGGUCAUGCCGGAAAAGCUCGCAUUGCGUCUACUCUGCAGCAUGCAGAGCAGCUGGGUGAUCAUGAGCAGUACGGUACAGAGCAUUUCGACUGUGACGCCUGUUUUCAAGGCAAGGCAUCAAAGGAAAAAGGGCUGAAGCUCUUCGCUCCAGAGCGUGGGGGCAGCUAUGAUGUGUCAACGUGCGCCCUCUUCCAGAUGAUAUCAAGGAAUAUUGUGUGCAAGAUGUUCAAUUUCUACCUAAGCUAUGGGUCCAGUACCAGGGGAAGAUAUCGUCUUUUUGGACUAAAAGGGUUAUGA